UUCUGGCGGGCGGCCAUCUUUGCCAGUGCGGAUCCGUGGUUAAUGCGAGUGAGCGGUGGUGGGGAGCGAGGUGCUCGGAGGUCCUCAGAAGCGCAGCACGCCGGGAUCAGUGGCGCCCGGCCGGCCUGAAAACUCACCGACUUUCGGAUUUUUCUCCAUCCCCCCCCCAGAAGAGAAAGCGAAACAAGCGAACACGCCAGCAGCAGUCGGCGAGCUGGUGACUGGUUCUGGAUGUGAUCUAGGCCUUAUCAGACUCGAUGAAUUUCUAUUGAAAUGUCCGAGAGGUCAGGCCAGAGCACAAAGGCAAAGGAUGGGAAAACAAAGUAUGCUACACUCAAUCUUUUUAACACUUACAAAGGAAAGUCAAUAGAAACUCAGAAAAAUGCAGUUGCAGCACGCCAUGGAUUGCAGAGCCUGGGAAAAGUGGCCAGCUCACGACGCAUACCACCACCCGCCAAUCUUCCAAGCCUCAAAGCAGAAAACAAGGGAAAUGAUCCUAAUGUGAAUAUUGUACCAAAGGAUGGAUCAGGAUGGGUCACAAAAUCAGAGCAACAGGAAGAAAGCAUUGCCACAGAAGUCCAGGUACAAGAACCGCAGCCACCUAGCUCGGAUCCCCCAGCUUCAAAAGCACCAGAGGCACCAGUUGUGAAAACCUGGGCCCAAACCAAUAACAAGCAUACUGGGCAAGGGGAUGGUAUUCAAAGUUUAAACAGUCACUUCCAGCAUGAGUUCCCAAGCCUGCAGGCAGCUGGGGAUCAAGAUAAAACUGUAAAGGAGUUGCCAGAUGAGACUUUUGGAUCUGGGCCCAGUUUACGCCCACAAUAUGUUGCUACUUGGAGAGAUGUUGGAGGAAAAACAGUAAUGGAACAAGAUGGAAAGCCCACUAAUUUAGAAGAUGGUGGAACCAGAAUGCCAAUACCAGAACUGAAUGAUGGAUUCAGGGGUCUUGAUAAACGCGAUAUACGAGAAAAGACAUCUUUGCCUCUAACUAAGAUAAAUGGACAGCUGGUUAUCUCACCUGCACCACAAUUUAGAGGAAUAAUGACACCGUAUAUGUCUUACCCACCUGCAAAAAUGCAAGGGUCAUAUCGGUUGCCAUACCCAGCACCAAAUACCAAGAACCAAACUUCCACAAGGCCAGUAAAUUCUCAGUGGGCUCUUGACCUCCUUGAAAGGCCCUCCAUUAUUAGUGCAAAUGAUUUGAAAGAACUUGAUAACCUGGAUACUGAAGCAGAUGAUGGCUGGGCAGGGGCCCAGUCUGAGGUGGAUUACACUGAGAAACUAAAUUUCAGUGACGAUGAUGAGGGAGGAUCCACAGAAGACAAAAAUGAAAAGUGUGCUGAGCAGACUGGCAAAACGGAAAGCCUAGGAUCAAGAACUACUGAGAGUCCUGAUGUCCGGAAAGAAACAGAGUGUCCUGUUGGAAAAGAUGCAGCUGUUGAGCGUGCAACAUUACAAACAGCUCCACUUUCACCGAACAACAGUUCUUCAAAUAGAGACCCACAGUCGGAUCGCCAGGAGUUUGGACGGACAUCAUUGCAAACUGCAACACGAGACUUGCGAGGACUAGGAAAUGUUUCUGUUAAUCAGAAACCAGCUUCCCAGCACCUACCUCCCAAUCGUCAAAUUGGGCCAGGAAAGCAUCCUAUCAAACCCCUAUUACCUUGUGAUGGUGAUGAAGCUUGGCGACAAAGAAGAAAGGCCUCAAAUUCUGAUGUUUCUGCUGCAGUUGAAAGAGCUCGGAAAAGACGUGAGGAGGAAGAGAGGCGAAUGGAGGAGCAAAGGUUAGCAGCUUGUGCAGCAAAACUCAAAAAACUUGAUGAAAAGUUUGGAACUCAAGAAAAAAAGGCAAAGGAAAAUGAAAAAGAAAAAGCAAAGAUGAAAGAGAAGGUACAACGGGAGAAGGAAAUCAAAGAAGAACAGCAAAAGGAACAGGAAAAGGAGCAACAGAAGGAAACAAUAAAAGAACAGGAAAAAGUAAAGGAGCAACUGGAGGAGUCAGUAAAGAUCGAAAACCAUCAGGAAAAGGAAGAGGAACUAUCAGAGAUAAAUGAGGAGAAAAAAGAGGUGGAAAAGGAACAACCACUGGAAAAAGAGAAAGCAUGGCAACAAGAGACUGAAGAGGCAAAGGAUUGCCCACAGGAAAAGGAGGAAAAUACAAAUGAAGGAGAGGGAGAGAUUGAGAAAAUCAAGGAAGAGUCGUGUAAUGAGUCUGUUUUCAAAGACCAACAAACAGAGAAUGAGAGCAGCACUCAAACUGAAUCAGAUGGUGUUUCUCUACCCAUUGAUCAGCUGGACAGUCCUCUCAAUGAAAAAGAGAUCACACAAAUGCCAAAUGAUGUGGAUGUUGAUUUGGCUUCCCAGGCGCGGCCUGCUGCUCCCACAGGUUACUCAAAGCAGUUUCAGAAGUCAUUGCCGCCACGAUUUCAGCGACAACAGGAGCAGAUGAAGCAGCAGCAACACCAAUGGCAGCAGCAGCCAUCAGGCAUCCAUCAACAAACACAAUCCCAAACACCAACCCCGUCUCAGACCCAAACCCAAGCCAAGCCUCAGCCUUCUGGUGCUUCUGUGCCACCACCUCCACAGCAUAGGCCUAUAUAUCAGACACCCUUAGCUCCUCAUCAUCAGCACUUGGCUUCAAUGGGAUUUGAUCCACGGUGGAUUAUGAUGCAGCCCUAUUUGGAUCCACGUAUUAUAUCAGGAAGGCCACCAAUGGACAUGACACAAAUUCACCCUGGUAUGAUACCAACGAAGCUAAUGAGGAGAGAUCAAAUUGACAGUUCUGGAUCAGGAUCUGAAACAUUUGACCAUCCAUCGCGUCCCACCAGAGAUCAUACCAUUCAGUCUGCUGAGCCUCAGUCGGUGUGGGGGUCAGAGUCUUAUCCUCACACUGAACCACAACGAACUACCACUCCUACGGUAGUCGUGGAAGAAAGUAAAGAUUUAAGAUCUGAAGUAGUUGCAGAACAAGAGAGAAAGUUGCAUGCCUACUCUACAGAAAAGAGACAGCUGUCACCACAUUUGAAUCAGGAACUAUUCAGGGACAAGACUAAUGAUGAAAAAGGAAAGUUUACAAACAAAUCACUGGAAGAUGAGCAAUCUGUUCAGGUUGAAAAUGUAGGUGAUCCUGGGAACUUAGAACCUGUGGAUUCUGGUAUAAUUCGUGGCUCACAGGAGGAGCCAAUUUUGCGUGGAGAAACCAGGACAGUUUUAAAAAGAAACCUGUCUCAUGGGUCCAACCAUUCGCUGAAAUUGGAAGAUCAAAAGACUGACUCUGUGCCAAAUACAAUUAAAAUACAAAACAGGGUUACGGAAUCAAAAGACCACAUAGACAAACCAGACGAAAAAUCAAAAAAGGAAAGUAAAACACUCGAAGUAGUAAAGACUGAGAAGACAUUUAGGAGAGAGUCCAGGUAUGACACACGUUGGGGUCCUAGACCUGGUUCUAGGAGAGAUGAAGGCCACAUGAGGCCUGUGCGACGUUCUGGUCCAAUCAAAAAACCUGUUCUGAGAGACAUGAAAGAAGAACGUGAACAAAGAAAGGAAAAAGAAGAACGUCAUUCCAUUCCAAUAAAAGGCAAUAAAGGUGCAAAAACAGAAAGGAGAGAGCCAUCACAGGCAAACAAAUUAGUUGUUAAACCAGAAACUGAGAAAUCUCCUCUGGACAGUUCCUCAUCAGUGAUUAAAAAAGCAGGCCAGGAUCUAAAGCCAUCAAUUGAUAAAACAGAAACUCCAUCAACAAUUACGUCAGUCGGUAAAACAAACAACAAUCAAGCUGUUUCAAAUCAAACAUCGAAAGAUGAAAAGCAAGAGAAAGCACAUGUUAAAAAUCAGGUUUCAGAUAAACAACAUAUUGAAAACCGGUUUUCAGCCAGGCGAGAUUCUGGUUUGCCCCCGCGUAACUACCGGAAAGAGAUUAGGGAACAGCGUGACUGGUUUCCUGAGCAGGUAUACAGGGGUAGAGGUUGUGGAGAAUUCUAUUCUCGAGGGCACAGCUUUAGAGGUUCCUACAGUGGCCGUGGACGUGGAGGAAGAGGUCGUAGUCGGGAAUAUCCACGUUACAGAGAGUCACGACAAAGGUCUGAAAAUGUAUCGAAUGUAUCUUCUUUUCGGCAAAGGGAGGAGAGUGAAACACGUAGUGAAAGUUCUGAUUUUGAGGAGGUUCCGAAGCGUCGCAGACAACAUGGCUCUGAAACAGAUUCUGAUACUGAAGCUCAUGAAAGUGCUAGUGAAACAAUUUCUGACAAAGAAAAUCCACCAAAAGGGAAAUGUCUGAAGAAAGAGGGAAGGCCAGACAGUAAACCUGUUCAAAAGUCUUUUAGAUCUGAAAGCACCUUAAAGGUGGAUAACAGAUCGUCAGAGAAACCCGUCUCAAAAGAUGUUGACUCAAAGCCGAAACCUGGUUUUCUUCCUCGAGGUGAACCAUCGAGACGUGGAAGGGGAGGGAUGUAUAGAGGAGGUGGUAGGGGCACAGGAGGCAGGGGUGGUUCAAGGUCUGCGUCAUUGAGGAAGGCAGGGCCUUCUAAUUCAAUAUGGUCUCCAAGAUUAGAGCCUUCCAGGAGAGAUGAUGGGGAAACAAAAAAAGACCAUUUUGAACCUCUUCCUUUUGAUAAGAGACCUGUUAAAUCAGAACGCAAGUUUGACCAUAACAGAGACCAACUCCGUAAGCAAAGACCCACUCGACCACCAAGACAAGAUAAACCACCUAGAUUCAGGCGUUUGAAGGAGAGAGAAGCUGCAGCUAAAGUAAAUGAGCACACUGCAACAAUAAUAAAUACAAACUCUAAUAGUAAUGUGCAGGAACAUCCAACCUCAUUAGAUUUAGCUGGAAGCAAGUCACCAGAUUUAUCCAAUCAGAAUUCUUCUGAUCAGGCUAACGAAGAAUGGGAAACUGCUUCUGAAAGCAGUGACUUCAAUGAGAGGCGUGAAAGAGAUGAAAAGAAAAUUAUAGAUAUCAACUUGCAGACUACAAAGUCUGGCGAAAGUAACUUCCUUCCAAAGAGGGAUGCUGCAAAAAGAAGUUUCUCCAGUCAGCGCCCAGGAACAGAUCGACAGAAUCGUAGAAGCAAUAGUGGGGCGAACAAGUCUAACAGAAAUUAUUCUGCAAACAAGAAUGAAAGGCGUAGUGGGUUAUCAUCAAAGAAUGGUAGAAGAGGGCCUUUAGAAGAGAGAACAGCAAUGAUUGGUAUUGAUCCCACCAGCAGUAACGUGGCUCACCAUCCAGCAGAAAAUGGCAACACAGGCACUUCUCUGAAGUCUACUAAAGAAGCUACUGGGAAGAAAAGAGAAGAGUCAAAAUCGGCUAAAAAAACAAAGGAAAAGCCUGAUGCAUUGUCGCAAUUUGACUUGAAUAACUAUGCUAGUGUGGUGAUCAUUGAUGAUCAUCCAGAAGUGACAACAAUUGAAGAUUCCCAAUGUAACACUAUUGAUGAUGGAUUUACUGAGGUUGUGUCAAAGAAACAACAAAAACGUUUACAGGAUGAAGAACGUAGAAAAAAAGAGGAGCAAGUUGUACAGAACUGGAACAAAAAGAAUUCAAAUGAGAAAGGAAGAGGCCAGAAUUCUAAAUUGCCUCCACGAUUUGCAAAAAAGCAACAACAGGCAGCCCAACAAACUCAGGCUCAGGCUCCAGCUUCAGUUCAACCACAGGCUCAGCCUCAGCAACAGGCUGUGGUUUCAACGACAGAUCCAGUUCAGGAUUCAGCACAAGGUCCAUCUUCAGUUGAGACACCAGUAUCUGUUCAGGAGCAAUCAAAGGUGCAAGGAGGAAGCAGUACUUCAGGAAAUAACAACGAAUGUUCACUUUCAGCCCCAACACAAACACACAGCACAUUGGACACAGAGCUAUGGGACAACCAGAUUAGCUCUUCAGGUGUCCUUUCAGAUAUCACCACGAAAUUGGCAUCCAUUAGUCCUCCACAGCCUCCAUCUGUCAGUGCAUGGAAUAAGCCUUUAACAUCUUUUGGAUCUUCCUCAUCUCCUGAGGGAACAGUUUCUAGUCCAGAGGCUGGAAUUGAGCUUGGUAUUGAGGCAGGUCAAAUAGUCGUAACUAAAAGUAGUUGCACCUCAGCAGCCACAAGCGCCACCACUGAUGUUGAAGCAGAAAGUGAUGUAAGCACAACAGAAAAGGCUGCUGAACUUAAGUUGCCAGAGCCAAAGGAACAGCGACAGAAGCAGUCUCGUGCAGGCCCUAUCAAAGCACAGAAACUUCCAGAGUUGAAUCUAAUGGAGAACAAAGAACAUAAACCUGGUCCCAUUGGCAAGGAGCGAUCAAUGAAAAACAGGAAGGUCAAAGAUGUGCAGCAGCCUGAAACAGAAGGAAAAGAUGAUCCUCCAGCCACUACUGUUGGUGGCCCAGAACCUGUUAUAACACAGGAGUCAAAUGUGGUGACUGAAUUAAGCACUGAGGUAAAGACUAUGAUCUCUGUGCCAGCAACAGAAUUUGAAGAAAAUUCUAAGGAAUCAAUGACUGAUUAUACAGCUCCAUCCUCGUCACUGCCAGAUUCGGUGUCAACUGGCAAUAGUAAAAUAGAGGAUUCCCUGGCAAGCAAUGUGCCCCUGCCCCACACCCUUCCCAUCCCCAGGAGGGAGACUCUACAACAGAGCUCCAACCUGACACCAGUCUCUCCCGCCACUGUCGACUUCACCCUCAAGAUGGAAUGCGCACGGAAGGCCUGGGAGAACUCGCCAAAUGUAGGAGAUAAAAGCUCUCCAGUGACCUCGACAGCAUCAGCAAUCAGUAGCAGUAAUGGGGGGAGCAGUAGCACUUACAGUUCCUUCUCCAGUGCUUCCAUGCCUCCAAUUCCAGUAGCUUCAGUCACACCCACUACAUCCCUAUCAGCAGGAUCAGGGACGUACACUACCUCCUCACUGAGUACUAAAGCAACCUCCACUUCUGACCCACCCAAUAUUUGUAAAGUCAAACCUCAGCAACUGCAGACCAGCAAUAUGGCACCUGCAAGUCAUUUCUCUCAGAUAGGCUGUGUAACAUCUCUUCUACCCCAGCAACAACAGAAUCCUCAGGUGUAUGUCUCCCAAUCUGCAGCAGAGCCUGCAGCGCAGAUCCCAACCUUCUACAUGGAUACCAGCCAUUUGUUUAACACACAGCAUCCUCGCUUGGCUCCUCCAACUCUGGCACAACAGCAAGGCUUCCAGGCAGGACCUUCUCAACCAACUGCAGUCCAGCAGAUCUCCAUACCUAUAUAUGCACCAAUUCCUGGACAACCUCAGGCUCAGCUAAGCUUAGGAGGAGGCCCUUCUGUUUCACAAGCCCAGGAAAUGUUCAGCACAUCCCUGCAACCUUUUAGGACUCAACAGGCUUUUCUGCAAAACAACCUCUCCCAACCAUCCCCUGUAGUUCUUUCAGGUACUGCCUUGCACAAUUUUUCGGCAGUUCAAGCCCAGGAUUUAGCCAAAGCCCAGUCUGGCCUGGCAUUUCAGCAAACAUCCAAUGCACAGCCCAUUCCUAUCCUUUAUGACCACACUUUAAGUCAAGGCUCUGGUCUUGGUGGUUCUCAACUUCUAGAUACCCAUCUGAUACAGGGGAACUCUAAUCAGUGGCAUGUGCAGGGUCUGAGAACAGGAGAAGCCGAUGCAGGCAACUACAAUAUAUGCUACCAAACCUUUCAACAUUUUCAUAGGAAAGCAAGGCCGGGUCUAACUCAGCCAUCCAACCUUUUUACAGGUCAGGUUCAACAACCUGGCCAAAGUAACUACUAUAGCACAGCUCAGUCACCCAAUGCUGCUCUUCAACAGGUGACAUUGCCCCUUCCAGGUUCACAGCUGUCCUUACCAAAUUUUGGAUCUGCAGGACAGCCCUUGAUUGCUUUACCUCAAUCCAUGCAACCUCUACAACACAAUCCAGCACAGGCCCAGCCUCACAACCUCAGUAGACCUACACAGAUCAACCAACCCUUUAGGGGCCUUAUUGCAACAGGGACACAGGCUGGCAUGAUUUCUGCACCAGGGAAGAUGGCAGAGAUGGAUCUAAAGCCUUAUGGAUGUAGUGUGGAUGUGAAACCAGGUACACCACCAAUCAGUGUACGGAGUAUUACACCAACAUCGAGUCCAUUCAGAGCUAGCUCCACAAGUCCAAACAGCCAGACUAGCAAGAUCAACAACAUGGUCUAUCAGAAACAAUUUUCUUCUGCUGGAGUUCGGAUUGCCCAGCCUUUCCCACCACAGUUCCCACCACAGAUGCUUUCCCAACCUAACUUGGUCCCUCCAUUGGUGAGACCUCAUGGAAAUACCUUUUCAGCUCCUGUUCAGAGGCCUCCACUGCCUCUGACAAAUCAGAUGCAAUCUCAAAUGACCACAGGUAUCAUCUGCCAAACUCGUCCUCAACAUACACCAAGGGUACCUUCAGGCCAUACUCAGGGCAUCCGUGGAAACCAGGCCCAAGCUGCAAUGAUGGCUGAACAGGAUUUGAAGGCUAAGCAGCGUGCUGAGGUGCUUCAAUCUACCCACAAGUUCUUCUCUGACCAGCAGCAGCAAAUAAAGCAGCAAGUGAGCAAGCCUCACAAAAAUGACAGCAGUGCGAAUAAACCUACGGAGAGUGGAACAGGCAUUUCAAGUACAAGAGAAGAGAAAGUCGAAGAAAAACCAGCCUCAAGUCAAGCUGUUGUGUCAAAACCUGUUCGAACUGGACCAAUCAAACCUCAAGCAGUAAAAACAGAAGAAACAAAAUCAUAAAUUGCUGAUAAACAUAGUGGGUGUCAUGAGUAUCUUAUGGGUGUAAUGGGUGCUCUUCUCUAUGAGAUGAGAGCAGAAAUAUAGAGCUCAAACGUGAAAUUUCUUUUAUAACAAAAUGAGAUGUGAAGUAGUCAAGUGAAAGCUGAACUAGCCUAAGAUAUGCAGAAAUCAGAUGGAUCAUUAUGUUGAGCAAGAGAAACCCAGAUGUGUAAACUAAUCCUUGACUGAACAUUUAGUGUUGACAUUUGAAUCUUGAAGAUUUGAAGAGGCAAUGUCUGACUUGUGUGACAUUACUUUUUCUUAAGAUAAUCACUGAAAAUACGUAAACCUGGAUAAGCCAGUGAAUGAAAGCUAACCAAUUUUACAGGUUUUAUGGUAAUGAUUUAAUCCUUAUUUAAAAACUAUCAUUUAAAAAGAUAUUCAUGAGCUUAAUUACAGAAAAGACAAAUUUUUGAUUCACUUAGUGAAUGAGGUUUUGAGCCUAUUAAUUUCCAAUUGUUUAUGCAAACCAUUUUAAUCACAAGUCUAAUAUUGCCUUUUUUGAUUAUAUGCUAGUAUUUUAGUUGUAGGAUGUACUGUAUUAUACCAUGUGAAUGUAAGAUAUCUUUAUUUGCUUAUCAAUCAUUAAUGAGGGACUGUGCUAAAAGCACAGCUGUUUUUAUUACAGCAAACUUACCCAGGUUUAAAUUGGAAAAAAAUAGAUUCUGAUAAGGUACAAAACAAUAGAGGAUUGCUGUUAUUGGUAUCUAGAAAUCUUGGCACAAAGCCUGAGCUGACAGAAUGAUUUAUUGAUGUGUAUAUUUUUGUCACAUGACUUGUGGCACUGGAAAGGCUACACUGCUGAAAAAAUUGCUUUCCGUCAGUCAUGUGUUUUGACGGUCAGUUUUAUUUGCUUUCUUCGAAAACUCGGCUGUGAUGUCUGGUUUUUGAGUUUUGUAUUCCAUCUGUACUGUGUAUUCGUUUGGCAUUGUACAGAAGUUAACAGCCAUAUUGGUAUAGAAAGAUUAUACUUUAAUUUUUUCAUUUGUACAGCGUUAGCGCACUAUUAAAGAUGUAUGAUCUUAUUUACAAUUAAUUUGGUUUGGUUACAUAACUAAUAAAAUAAGCUCUGAAAUGUUUUCAUAUUGCUGAAUACUGUGGAUGGAGUAUUUUACGUUGCAAAAAUCUUCACAUUUAAUGAAGCGGCAUCUUUGACUUGAGCAACCCCUGUUUCUCCCAUCUCUCUGAUACUGUGCAUCAGGUGAUCCUCCACAACAGAAAGUGCUCAAGAGCAAGUUGAUCAAAUAUUUGUUUCCGGUCUACUUUUAAGAUUCUUCCAACAUUUUUCCCUGUUCAUUUGGGCAAUUUGUAAAAUAAUCCAGAUGGAAUUUAGUCACAUCAUAUUCCACCACUCCUCAUUCCUCCACUUUUCCAAUAUUUUCAUUUGUCUGUUAUAAUCUUGUUGGCUAUUUGGCUGGUGCACAGAAAAGAAUGUAAGGACUUGUACCAGUAUCAACUUUUAUUUUGCCAAUGUUCAGACCAGUGAAAUUGUAUGAUAUAAUUCCUCUUGACAAAUUUCCUGCAACUUCCCUGAUUACUUCAAAAAUACCAGUUUGAAUGACUGAUAGUGAUGAAAGAGUAGGUGUGAGUUUCUGUGAUACAUUUUAAAAGAACCUUGGUCCCGCAUGGGAGGUUAGUUAGGAAAAUUCAGUCGCUAGGUAUACAUGGAGAGGUGGUAAAUUGGAUUAGACAUUGGCUCGAUGGAAGAAGCCAGAGAGUGGUGGUAGAGAAUUGCUUCUCUGAGUGGAGGCCUGUGACUAGUGGU